CCAUGUGGCUGCACCUGGCGCUGCUGGCCCUGGCCUGGGCGCUGGGCUGGCUGCUGCGGGACCGCCGCACGCUGCCCACGGUGAGCGACAAGCACGUCUUCAUCACGGGCUGCGACAGCGGCUUCGGCAACCUGCUGGCCCGGCGGCUGGCCCGGCGCGGCUACCGCGUGCUGGCCGCCUGCCUGACCCCGCAGGGCGCCGAGAGCCUGCGCGGGGACAGCGCCGGGGGACACCUCAGGACCACCCUGCUCGACGUCACCUGCUCCGACAGCAUCCGCAGGGCCGCCGAGUGGGUGCGGAGGGAGGUGGGCGACAAAG